GGCGGCUGGCAACCGCAAAUCGCUCGCCGCCCAUGUCUCUUCGCCUCCGCGGCCUCCUCCUCCUCCCUCUCCUCCGCCGCCGCAGCUGCUCCCCUCUCCUCCUCCGCCGCCGCCGCCUCCUUCGCGGUUGGCCUCCGCCGCUCGUCUCAGCGAUCCCAUCUAGAGCCUUCGGUUCCUCCGGCUUACCCGCCCGAGCCUGCGCUUCCUCCGGCUUCUCGGGCAUGGCGGCGGUGUCUCCGCCGACGCCGCAGCAGCAGCAGCAGCGGUGCGUGGUGGAGGUGAGGGAGGGCGUGGAGCUGACGGAGAAGGAGGAGCGGAUCUUCCGUCGCCUGCUCGAUGUCGUCCGCCACUUCGGCCUCGGCACCCAGCUCCGCGUCGCCGGCGGCUGGGUCAGGGACAAGCUAUUGGGGAAAGACUCCACUGACAUUGAUAUUGCACUUGAUAAUAUGACGGGCCAGAAUUUCUGCGAGAAAGUAAAUGAGUAUUCAGAAUUAUUGGGUGAGGAACAGAAAGGAAUUGGCGUUAUUCAGUGCAAUCCUGAUCAAUCAAAGCACUUGGAAACUGCAAGGAUGCUUAUAUUCGACAUUUGGAUUGACUUUGUCAACUUGAGGUCUGAAAAAUAUGCUGAAAACAGUCGGAUUCCUACCGUGGAGAUUGGUACAGCCAAAGAAGAUGCAUUCCGUAGGGACCUAACAAUAAAUAGUUUAUUCUUCAAUAUCAACACUAACACAGUGGAAGAUUUAACCGGAAGAGGUAUUGAAGAUCUGAAAAAGGGUCUUAUUGUUACUCCUUUACCUGCCAAAGCUACCUUCUUGGAUGACCCCCUUAGAGUUCUUCGAGCAAUCCGAUUUGCUGCUAGAUUCAACUUUACAUUAACUGAAGAUUUGAAAGAUGCUGCUUCUGAUGAAAAGGUGAAGUCUGAACUUGGUAGCAAGAUUAGCAAAGAGCGCAUCGGUCAUGAGGUAGAUCUUAUGAUGUCAGACAAACAUCCUGUUAAUGCAAUGUGUUAUAUUCGUGAUUUGGGGUUAUUUUAUGUUGUCUUUGCUUUUCCUGAGAAGCCCGACCCUCCAGUUCCUGACAAAUGUGACCGGCUUUGUGUUUCACAUAUUGAAGUUGCAUGGAAUCUUGCUCAUUCUAUUGGCUGCUCUGUGUUCAGUGGUGGUUCUGAUUCCAAGUCACAGGAUGAGCACCGAAGGCUUUGCUUUUAUAGUGCACUAUUCACUCCUGUUCGGAAUACAAUAUAUUUGGAUAAAAAGUCGAAGAAGAUUCCUGUCACUAACUAUAUUAUUCGUGACUCUCUGAAGUUAAAAGCUAGUGAUGCUGACACGGUUGUCAACGUACAUGCUGCAAGUGAAAAGUUUGCUGAAUUAAUUAAUCUCCUUGAGUCGAAUGAAAAUCUGACAACUGUGAAAGAGAAAUUGGAUGAUGAAUACCUUGAGAUCCCAACAGACUCAGUUAAACGUGUUUUGGCAGGGCUUAUACUUCGGGAGAUAAAGGACUUUUGGCGUGUGGCACUGUUUAUCUGCACUCUUACCUACCCGGAGGUUAGCAGUGGUGGUGAUUCUCUCGGCCAGCCAGACGAAUUACAUCAAAGGAAAGAAAAAUACACAAGAGCUGAACGUUUAAUAACUGAACUGGAGCUUGAUGGCGUAUGGAAGAUGAAACCGUUGCUUGAUGGGAAGGCCAUUAUGGGGAUUAUGCAGGUCAAGGGAGGUCCACUUAUCGGAAAAUGGCAACAACGACUGUUGAAGUGGCAGCUUGCUUAUCCAAGGGGAACCACGGAGGAGUGCAUCGAGUGGAUGAAGCAGUCGCAGUCGAAACGGCAAAAAGUAUAGCGCAACACCUGAGAAUCUUCUGCCACAUCAACAUUUUGCUGGAGCAUUGGCAGUCUUCAGAAUUCUGAUAGGGCACAAACUUAACUUCCCAAGUUCCUAGGAGUGCAGCGUUAUCUUGCGUGACAUGUAACAGCGCGUUGUUAGGAGUAUAGCUUUAUCUUGGCCGUCUUCUCUUCCGGGUAUCCAUGGUUGAAAUUUGCAAAAUUUUGUGGUCGAAUAUACUGUACUGUUAUACCCUAUGAUGAAAGAGGAAAAUACUUAGUGUAUUAGAGGAGCAAACUUCUGAUCGUGUGUUUGCAUGUCUUCGGCUAUACUUGUAAAAUGGGUUUGCACGGGCCAAAUUAACCCAGAUUUUCUCAGGCUUCACAUUGGUCUGGCCCUUAUAAGCUCUAUCAAGCCUCGCAUUCGGUUUCUGUUGA